UUCAGUCAGACGUGUCUCGACUCUCGCAAAGUGAUGAUCUGUAUAAAGACUCGGCAUUUUAGCUUGCAUCGGAUUCUUUUGCUCGCGAUUGGCUUAUGGCCUUGUCAGCGAUCAAGGCUUGCUCAAUUUCAACUAAUUUUGUUUUUUGGUAUCCUGAUUAGUUUUAUUAUAUGUCAGAUAUCUGAGAUGGUGUUGCAUGGAGGCAACGUCGACCAGUUUCUGCUUCAUUUUCUAAUUGUAACUGUCAUUUUUUUAUACUUAUUUUUUGCUAACUAUGCCGGUCAAGAACUUACGGAUCACAAUAACGACGUAUUUUUCACCGUAUACAAUGUUCAAUGGUACGCAGCACCUUUGCAUAUACAAAGGUUGAUACUGUUUCUCUUGCAAAGGGGUAGCAAAGCUGUAAAUCUGAAUCUUGGCGGCGUGUCUGUAUUAUCUUUACAGUUUUUCGCCACGUUAACGAAGGCGUCGAUAUCCUACUUUACCGUUAUGUAUUCUACGCAGCAAUAAUGCAGAUAUAAGUCAUCCGAUAAUAUAUGUAUAAUAGUAGCAUAAGUAAAUAUAAAAUGCAAAUGCCCGAUUUCUUUGCUGUUAUAACAGCGCUAAUAUUGUUUUCUAUGCAUUGCACCGCUUGAAUGAUCGAAAAACAAUC